UUUUUUGGAAAAUUUUUCCAUUAAUCUUUGAAUGUUUAUUUUUUCUGGGAGUUUGUUGAGUUGGUGUUUGGGGAAGAAAAUUAAAUAAAAUUUGGCCAAUAUUUUUUUUCUGAUUAUCGUUUAAAAAUCGUUGAUAUCAUUGAUCAGGAAAUUUUUUUUUAUUAUUGAUAAACAACGCCUGUCUGUCUAUCAUGAAUCGAUUUGAUAUUACAAGAGCAAAAAUGUGACAAAUGCAGAAAACUUUAAUGUGAAAAAAUUCACGUCAAAAGUGUUACUCGAACUUGUGGCAAUGAUGGUUGGAUGAUGAUUGGGAAAUACUCAAUGAUACUAAAUAGUCGAAUCAAUUAAUCAAUUAAUCGAUCAAUAUUUGAUCGAAUAUAAUGUGAAGAAAGUAUUAAUGGGCCAUGCAUAAUAUCAAAUCAGAUCACAUUGACAUAAAAGCUAUAUGUGCAAGUAAAAUUGAUAAAAUUUUUGAUUGUUUCCAAUCAACCUAUCCGAUCAUUGAUCAAUCAAUCUCUAUAUUUCGAUCGAUUAUAAAUAUAUGCAACCCAUCCUUCCAACCAUCCAUCCAUCUAUUAAUCGAUCGCGGUGUAUCGAAUGAAGAAAUUUUUUUUAUAUUGGAAAAAAAUCAAAAUAUAUUUAUCGAUUGUGAUAGACGAAUGAAUGACCUGAGUUUGAAUUAAUUUCCAUUUAUCAUAUCGAGAAAAAUCAUUCGAUUAAUAAGAAGGCGACAACAAUGUGUAAACUUCCUCAUUCUUGAAUUUUGAUAUUUGAUACCAAAUUUUUAUUUUGAUGAUCAUUAGCAUUAAUAAUUUGAAAAAAACAAAUUCACUAAAGUGAGAGAAUCUUUAAACAUGAAUGAUCGAAAACGAUCAAUUCUUCGGCGAUCAACUUCAUCGCCAAAUUGUCAAGAAAAUUCUAUGCACCCUCAACUGUCAUCAUCAGCAUUAUUAUCAUCGUCAUUAACAUCGGCCCCAAGCACCCGGUUACCAUAUUAUUAUCCACCAUCUGGUGAUCUGGUUGGCCAAUAUGAUUAUGGAACAUUUGAACCACAAUUACCAUCAUCAUCAUUGGCAACAAGUUCUUCGUUGAAAAUUCCGGUAAAUAUGAACCACAACAACGGAAAUAGAGCCAUCAUUCAAGAAGCAAGCGUUUAUCAUCGUUAUCGAUAUUAUAAUCGGCUGUUUAAUAGUUCAGAAAAUUUCGACAAACAUAAACGAAGUAAUGAAAAUAUUCUCAUCAUACCAAAUCAUGUGAUUCCAUGGUAUUUUAUAUUGCCAAAAGUAUCGGUGCCAAUUUUUCAAGUAGAAAAUUCAUCUGAAGCUCGCCAAUCAUCUAUUGUAACAAUAUUUGCCAUUUGGAACAUGAUGAUGGGUACAUCAUUGCUUUGUUUACCAUGGGCAUAUCAUCAAGCCGGAUUAUUGGGUGGAUUUCUAAUAAUUCUAUUAAUGACUGGAUUAUGUUUUUUUACCGCUUCACUUGUUAUACGAGUUCCGAAAAUACUUUCCAUACAAGUGAAUGAAUUUACCGAUUUAUGUUCAUUAUUAUUGGGAAAUAUGGCACAUAAAAUCUCACAAAUAUCAUCAUUAUCUAUAUUGGCUGGCGGUUGUAUUGUAUAUUGGGUAUUGAUGAGCAAUUUCUUACGACAUGUGAUUAGUUUUAUUUAUCAAGUUCAAAUACUUAACAUGACAAUCGGUUUGAAUACAUCAUCAGUUGUAUGUAAUCCAAUCGUCAAUGUUAGCCAAGGGACAGAUGAAAGAUAUGAUCAUUUUAUGGCUAAUCUGGAUUUUGUUGUACCCGUUAUAUUGAUAAUAUUCAUUGGUCCAAUUACUUGUUUACGAUCUGUUAAUUUUUUUCUUAAAUUCAAUAUUAUUGGAACAUUUUCUGUAUUCUAUCUUUUAAUAUUUGCAAUGUUUAAAGCUUAUUCAUGGAAUUUCAUCAAUAUUUCAUUCGAUUCAAAUUCAGAAUUUUAUGUUCAUCUAUUUGAUUGGAAUUUUCCCAUCUAUACUGGUGUAUUGUCAUUGGCCAUGUUCAUUCAUAAUUGUUUGACUACAUUGCUUAAAACACAAAAGAAUCCAAAGCAUAAUCUACGAGAUUUGGCUAUUGCUUAUAUCCUUGUAUCCGUAACUUAUCUACUCAUUUCGAUCAUCAUUUAUAUAAGCUUUCCUUUAUCGAAACAAUGUAUCAAAGAUAAUUUUCUUGACAAUUUCGAAUCAAAUGAUUUAUUCGCUUUUAUUACUCGAUUAUUUUUACUACUUCAAGUUUUAAGCCUAUUUCCUUUGUUGGUCUACAUGUUUCGUGUUCAGGUUUUACAAUUAUUCAAAGAUCCGAAUACUGGACGAAUAAGUUAUCCAUUCACACGUACCAUUAUCAUUAAUGUUUGUCUUUUGACAAUUGGUUGUAUGUUUGCCGAAUUUUAUCCACAAAUCGGUACAAUUAUUCGUUAUUGUGGAUCAUUUUCUGGUAUGAUAUUGAUAUUCAUAUUGCCAACAAUGACAUUUAUAAAGGCUAGAAAUGUGAUUGAAAAACCAUUACAUCCAUUCCUAAAGGGAUGUUUAUUCUCGUUGAUAAUAUUGGGUAUAGCUAAUUUUAUUGCACAAUUUCUUGUUCAUGAUUAAAAUAAUGGUUGUGAUUUGUAAAAUAA